AUGGCUCCCGGUAGUGGACGCGACUUCAACUGCUCUUGGGAACAUUGUGGCAAGUCCUUCAAUCGCAAGUCAGAUCUCUGCCGCCAUUAUCGCAUCCACACCAACGAGCGACCAUAUCACUGCACCGUCAAGGAUUGCAACAAGAGCUUCAUCCAGCGCAGCGCCCUGACCGUGCAUUCGCGGACUCACACUGGCGAAAAGCCCCAUGUCUGUGACCAUGACGGCUGCCAGAAAGCUUUCUCAGACUCCUCGAGUUUGGCUCGCCAUCGUCGAAUCCACACGGGCAAGCGACCAUACAUCUGCCAGGAGCCAACCUGCGAGCGAAGUUUCUGUCGCAAGACCACCCUGACCAAGCACCAACAUCGCUCGCAUCCCCCGGGCUCGUUGACUCGACCAUCGUCGGAAGACGCAGCCUCGGAGCACUCGUACCAGCACCCGACUCCCGCCACGGUGUCAAUACCGAACGCGCACGAACAGUAUCUCCUCGCGCAGCAGCCGUACUAUCCGAAUUCUGCGACGCCCAACCACGAGUUCUAUUCGCCGCAGAGCGUCCCGAUGGGUCAGGUUCCGGGCCAAGUACCCGUGCACGAAUCUGCGCCCAUCGUCACGCAGAACGUCCCCGUCACCUCCCCGAUGAACAUGACGCACGCGCAACACGCGCAACACCCCCAACACCCCCAACAACACCAUCACCACCAGCCGGGGCAUCCGCAGCAGCACCAACAGUACAUGCAGAUGAUGCAGCCGCGCUACGAUCCGAGUCCGCGCACCAACUACAUGCCGCCCGAGUACCACCAACAGCCAUUCCCGGGCCACCAGCUGCCGGAGGGACAGCCGAUGAUGGUGGGAUACCAUCCUAAUUUCCAGUACAAACCCCCUGCCCGGAUCUUGAAUCAACCGGAGGGGACUGACUGGGGUUUUCUGGGCGUAGGUUAA